CAAAGCUUCUGGGUCCGCAUGCAGUUCCUCUCUGUACCGCAUAAUGAUGCUCUUGUGCUACUUUUUUCGUUUUGAAUCACGUCCUCAAAUUGUGUGCUGUGUCAAUAGUAAUUUUAGACUGAUUGGGCCAUAUACAUUUUAUAACGCGCGAACCUAAAUGACGUGUGACACUGACAACAGCCCCGAUGCAGAGAUGAACUGAACUUGUUCUGCCUUCACAGAGAAAGGGUCACGGGCUUGGAUCUGCUGGAGAUCACUGAAUCCAUGCUGGAGUGGUUUGGCGUGAGCGACGUGGACCAGCGCCUCUACCUUCUGGAGCGUCUGGAGGACCUGCUGAGUCUACAGGAGGACCAGAGCCCGGGAUCGGACGGCCCCCAAGCCCUCUCCUCGCCCCCCCACACCCAGCCCCUGCCCGGACACCCCGGCCAUGAGCAACCCCCUCCCCCACUGAGCACCCCCCCCGAAAAGAAAGACUUCACAGAGGGCGAGUCAGAGAGAGAAGAUUUUGUGGAGGAACUGCAGGAUAUGGCAGUGGAAAUGUUUCGGAAAAAAGCCUCUUCCUCGUUGAGAAUGAGAAGAAUGACAGAGAGCUCUAGAUGGAGCAUAGACCGUGGGCGGAGCCUAUCCUUCCAUGAGGGGCGUGGCCAGCGCGAGGCCGAGAUGAGGGCUGCCGCCGAGGAAGCGUCCAAUAGCAGCGCCGGAGGAGGAGGAGGAGGAGGCGGAGGAGGAGGAGGCAGCACCGUCCUACAGCGCCUCCUGCAGGAGCAGAUGAGCCGUAACUACCUGCUCAAGCAGCAGCACGACGGAGCCCGCGCGGGCCCCGGCCCCGGGUACCCCGCCCCGGGGGGCCCCGUCGACGACCACUCGGCGACCACCCACAACGCCCGCCAAGAGCCCCAGGGCCAGGAGCUGCAGGCGGACAGCGGCAUGGAGAAGCUGUCGGCCCCCCGCGGCGGCGGCGGCGGCGGCGGCGGCGGGAGCCUGGGGGGCCCCAACAGCAGCGCCGGCAGCGGCGGGCAGUGCCAGGGGCCCGAGGACCUGCCCACCUAUGAGGAGGCCAAGGUGCAGUCGCAGUACUUCCGCGGCCACGGGCCCCCCCAGCCGCCGCCCCCCCAGCAGCAGCAGCAGCAGCAGCCGCCGCCGCCGCCCCACCCGGCCUCCGUGGGCGCCGCCUUCUACGUGACGGGCAUGACGGGCGCCAAGGUGCGCACGGAGGGCCGGCCCACCGUGCAGCGGGUGAGCGGCGCGGGCAAGGUGCACCAGGACGACGGGCUGAAGGAGCUGAAGCAGGGCCACGUGCGCUCCCUGAGCGAGCGGCUCAUGCAGCUGUCGCUGGCCACCAGCGGCGUGAAGGCCCACGCGCCCGUCACCAGCGCCCCGCUCUCCCCGCAGCUGCCGCCGCCGCCGGGGCCCCCGGGGGACUACUACAAGCCCCAGCACCGGGGGCCCCCGCCCGAGUACCCCUUCAAGGGCAUGGGGUCCCCGCCCAAGCAGCAGCAGCAGGAGCCGCCGGGGGGCCACUUCUACCAGGAGCAGAGGGUCCGCGAGCACUCCCGCGAGGUGCCCCACGUCCGGUACCAGCCGCCGCCCGAGUACGGCUCGUUCAGGUCCAGUAAAGACGGCUCGGUGCACUCCCAGCGGACGCUGCACCACCACAGCCCCACCUCCUCCGUCACCUCGGUGGGCUCCCUGUCCCGCACGCAGUCCUCCACCCUCAGCAGCCUGCUCAGCUCCUCGCACGCCUCCUACUCCCCCCACCCCUCGCACGGGGCCCACCCCCAGAGCCAGGGCGAGCUGUACCCCGGCAUGGGCCCCCGCGGACCCCCGGGGCCCCCCCCCCACCAGCAGCAGCAGCAGCAGCAGCAAGGGGAGCAGCACAUGUACGGCCCCCCCCCCCAGAGGGCCCAGGUCCUAUCGCAGGACCCCUACGGCUCCACGCACAGGAUGCACCCCCACCAGCAGCACCACCACUACCAGCAACAACAACAACAACAGCAACAGCAGCAGCAGCAACAACAACAACAACAACAACAGCAACACCACCAACAACAGCAGCAGCAGCAGCAGCAACAACUUCAGCUACAACACCACCAUCAGCAGCAGCAGCAGCAGCAGCAGCAGCAGCUGCAGCAGCAGCAGCAGCAGCAGCAGCAGCAUCACCAACAGUUCCAGAGCGCCCCGCCCCCGCAGCCCCAGCCCCAGCCCCAGCUGCAGCAGCCGGUCCAGGCCGGACACUUCCCCCACCCGCACUCCCAGUACCACCUGCAGGGGGAGCAGUUCGCCAUGAUGAGCCGGGCGCACCAGAUGGUGGACAUGCUGACGGAGGAGAAUAAGAUGCUGAGGCAGGAGAUGGAGGCGUUCAGGGAGAAGGUCUCGAAGCUGCAGAAGCUGGAGAACGAGACCCAGCUGGUGUCGGAGGCCUACGAGAACCUGGUCAAGUCCUCCUCCAAGCGGGAGGCCCUGGAGAAGACCAUGAGGAACAAGCUGGAGCUGGAGGUGCGGAGGCUCCACGACUUCAACCGGGACCUCCGCGAGCGGAUGGAAACGGCUAACAAGCAGCUAGCUGCUAAAGAGUGUGAGGGCUCAGAGGACAACCGCAAGACCAUCUCCCAGCUGCACGCACAGAAUAAGGAGGUGGUGAGGGAGAAGGAGAAGCUGGAGAUGGAGAUGAACUCUCUGCGCUCCACUGCGGAGGACCAGCGGAGACACAUCGAGAUCCGAGACCAGGCCCUCAACAACGCCCAGGCCAAAGUAGUCAAGCUGGAGGAGGAGCUGAAGAAGAAGCAGGUGUACGUGGAGAAGGUGGAGCGCAUGCAGCAGGCUCUGGCCCAGCUGCAGGCCGCCUGCGAGAAGAGGGAGCAGCUGGAGCACCGGCUCCGCACGCGGCUGGAGAGGGAGCUGGACUCUCUCCGCAUGCAGCAGCGGCAGGGCGGGGCUCACGGCGCGGGCGCGGCCUCCUCGGAGUACAACGCCACGGCGCUGAUGGAGCACCUGCGGGAGAAGGAGGAGCGCAUCCUGGCCCUGGAGGCCGACAUGACCAAGUGGGAGCAGAAGUACCUGGAGGAGAGCGUCAUGAGGCAGUUCGCCCUGGACACCGCCGCCUCCGUCGCCACGCAGAGGGAUACGUCGUCGUCGUCCAUAUGCCACUCCCCCAGCAGCAGCUACGACACGUCGGUGGAGGCGCGCAUCCAGAAGGAGGAGGAGGAGAUCCUGAUGGCCAACCGACGCUGCCUGGACAUGGAGAGCAGGAUCAAGAACCUGCACGCUCAGAUCAUCGAGAAGGACGCCAUGAUCAAGGUGCUCCACCAGCGCUCCAGGAAGGACCCCCACAAGGCGGACGGGCCCUCGGCCAUGAGGCCCUCCAAGAGCCUCAUGUCCAUCGCCAACACGGGCUCCGGGGGCGGCUCCGGGCUGCUGUCCCACUGCCUGGCCCUGAGCAGCUCCCCCAUCACCGAGGAGAGGAGGGACACCGGCUGGAAGGGCAGUCUGGGGCUCCUGCUGGGUCCAGAGUACCGGACAGACUCCCUGAGGACGGAGUCCAUCUCCUCGUCUCCCUCCCCGGUGUUCCCCUCCACGCCGGCCACGGCGGGACACUCCAAGACGGGCAGCCGGGACAGCUGCACCCAGACGGACAAGGGCCAGACCCCGGCCCAGGACAGCUACCGGAGCAGCACCACGGGCCUGAACAGCCUCUCCGCGGGCCUGCAGAGCAGCAGCGGCAGCAGCGGCGCCACCGGCCUGACCAGCAUCACCAGCCUGCACAGCAUCAACACGGGCCUUCAGAGCAGCAGCACGGGCCUGAACAGCCUCUCCACCGGCCUGCAGAGCCUGAGCCCCGGCCUGCAGAGCAUGACCCUGCCUGCCCGCCUGGGUCCCAGCCCGGUGUACAUACCGGACCGCCUAGCAGAUGCAGGGUUCCACAGCAGUACUCUGGAGAGGAGACCCCCGGUUCAGUCACACUCCCAGCCCUCGGCCCUGGCCCUGACCCAUCAGCAGGAAGUAGACAACGACAUGGUCGAGAUUCUAAUCUGACGCCGUCACUUUAAGAACUCUCCAGCGCCCCCUGCCUGGCGGUGGAAGAACAAAAUCAGCCCAACGACUUCUAUAGGAGUUUGUGUGUGUGUGGGAAAAACAGCACAGGCACACAGCCUCUGAUAAGUUGGUUGCGAGUACAAAAACAAAUACACGUACACACACACACACACUUUGAAUUUCUGGUGAAGGAUUGCUCUAUUGGUUCUUAAUUUAACAUUUGGUGUUGAAUGCUCUCUGUAGAGGGUGUGACUAUGUUGAAAUGCACUAGUGUGUUUGACAAGAUGACAGUAUUGGUGGCAAUACAACGAGACAGGGUUGGUAUUAUUGUUACGUUGUGCACAGAACACAUGGCAGCCGUGUUGAUCCCCACCUUCUGGACUAUUAGCAUUUCACCAGUAGGCGGGACAUUCGGGAAAGGAGGACGUGAUUGGCCGGCAACAGCCAAUCAUAAGGCUUGAUUGUUGAGGGUCCUCCCGACAUUUCCGAUAGUUAUUUCAUCAAUCCUGAAUGGAGCUUUCUACAACAAGUCUGUGUUGUCGGCCUCGUCGCCAGGCAGAUCAAUCAAAGUCACUUUUACAGUGUUGCCAGAGGCCCCGCCCAUUGCCCAGCACCCCUGGGUCCAAAUGUAUUGGCCACCUUUUAAUGCAUUUAUUGCACUACUUUUUUUGUAUUUUAUUUUUCUAAAGAGGGUGUUCUUUUUUCUUUUUUCUUUCUUUACAAAACAUCCGACGUAGGUAUUGUAUUUAUGUGUAGAAUAUUAUUUACAAUAGUUAGGCAUGGUAAUGGGGUAACGAUACUGUACUCGACAAAAUACCCAUACCCUUGUAAAUACUGUAUAUGCGUAUGUAUGCUGUAAAAAAAAAUACCUAACCUUGUGGAGGAUUUGUGUGCGUGUGUGUGUGUGUGUGUGUGUGUUUGGGUGUGUGUGUGGGGGGGAGGGGUUUGAAGCAAAGCAAAGCAAGCCACUUUAUCACAUCACACCAGACCCAUUAGCAAAAACCUGACUCGGACGCAGCCGUUUUGCUAGCAUUCACAGCUAGCCACGCAAGCCUGCUCAGAAGCUGGUAGGAAUACUGGUGGUGUCAGAAGCUCGCAACGUCAACAUGGCGACGUCGCAGCGCCCAAUCGGUAGCUGAUGCAUUCAGAUGGUCCCCAAAAGGAGAGCUGGAUGAACCACGCGCUGCCUCGCUGGCCCCUCAGCGGCCCGGCUGUGGCUAUGCGCUAACCAGCCGCGGCGCACGACGCUACCGUUUGGCCGCGGACGUCUGGGAAGGGAAGUUUGAGGAGUCUGCACUUUCACUGUGAUCCUGUUUUGACCCACGGGGCCAGUCCCCACUGGAUGGGGGGGGGGGGGGGGGGCUGUAGUGGACCCCUGUCAGACUUGGGGCCCCUUUCUAACGAUCCUGGAUGGGACGACCCUGCCUGAGGGUUGUUUCAGUUGUAACCCGGCACAGCGCCUAACUGCUCUCAGACUCUUUGAUGUGUGUGUGUGUGUGUGUGUGUGUGUGUGUGUGUGUGUGUGUGUGUGCGCAGUAGGCUUGGUGUGUCAGGGAUGACCGGUGAGUGACUGACGGCACGACGGGCAGGACAGUACAGGGGAUCACCGAUGUGCCUUCGCAGUGUUGCCAUGGUUUCCGUUUGCUCUGCCGCAACCGUGUACGGCCUCACUUUUUCCAAGAUUCACAAGUCACACAAGUGUUCACGUUUUUGAGCCCUGCUCGGAAUAGCAUACGAUCAUGACAAUACAGAAGAUGUAUACUGUUGGUUAGUUACGUUUAUUUGUUGCGCACACACCCCAUGUGGUCUACACUUUAUGAUAAGAAAACAAGCACAAACGUUUGCAGAUUUUUUUUUUUUUUUCCUGCGAAUACCAUCGAUUUAAUCAAAUCCGCUUUCCGGACUGCUGGAGCCUAGCAAUGAGAAAAAAAAAAGAUGUUGGAUGUUUGAAAUUGAGCCUAUAAAAAGAAUGACAGAUUUUGUUUAGUGUGUUUGGCCGAACUGAAGGAGGCUAGAGUUAUUUGACGUUUUUAUGAUUGAAUCGUGUUUUCUCCAAACGACAUUCUAUCUGCACUUAAAUUAUUAUAAUAUUGGUUUUGGAAGAACCAGCCCUGGCUACCAGUAAGGUGCGGACGAUUAGAAUCAAUCCUUCAUUGAAAGUCAAGACGAUUGGAAUUUCUCAGAAGUUCACGUUUUUGUUGUUUCGCCACUCCCAGAAUUCCAUGCAGUUAGACUAACGUGAACUUGAAGCUUAUGAACAGAAUGAACCAACUGGAAGACUUCCACUUAAAGCCAAAAUACUGGGACCAAAGAAGCUUUGGCUGGUUAGAUUGUGCAAAACUUGCCUUCUCAUAGUUUAAAGUCUGUCAAGAUCAAGAAUACAAUGCUUCGAAUUACAAUUAUGUACAUCAAGUAUUUGAUAUUUGUGUCUCAUUGUAUUAGAAACCUUGCCUUAGUGCCUGAUGCUAUCGUUGAAGCACAACAUGUAAUGUUUACGUCAGUAAGGGUUUUACUGUACGGGGGUGUCGGCAUGGAACUAAACCCGUGUGAACCACAACUUGUUGAAUGUGUAGACGCCAUGGGUUAGGAUUUGACGUGAAGAAGGGUGACCCUGUUACUGUUACAUUCCUGUCUUUCCUGGUGAGCUUUGAGGAGAACCAAGACAAAUGACUUUAGUGAGGAGAAGGGGGUCAUGUGGGAACUGCAGGCUCUGCAGAGCUGGGUUUGGAGUGAUUCAAAGAAUAUUGAAUGUUCCCUGUAAGGGAAAAUAUAAAACACACUAUACAAUCCGAGGUGAAUGGUUUGUCAUAACAUAAUUAAUUUAUAUUCACAUAUGAAUGCUGGCACAUUUAGCUAUACUCACCAACUUGUUUUUGUUCAUUUAUUAGAAAUGUUGAAUUCUAACUAUUGGGCCUUCGUUAUUUCUCUGAGACAAUAUCUUUCAAUGUGUGCUGAUAUAUUCAUAUACAAGUUUGUUGUUUUUGUAGUUUGAAGCAAUCAUAAUGGCAAAGUGUCAAAGGUUACAGACUAAAUGUUUAUGCUCCUUCUGCCCCAUCAAGGGCUUCUCUCCCUGUCGGUCAUGUGACUUUUGACUGUCACUCUAUUCAGAAAAUGAACUUGUCAAACGUGCACUUCAAAUUAGUUUAGUCGCCAAAUAUGCCUUGUUCAAACUGGUGACAAACUUGCAAGAUUUUGUAUCGAACAAAACAUUCAGGUGUAGAAAACACAUUUCAAAAAUCACAUGCUUUUCAUGUCAAUCAGUCCAUGCUGUCUGACUCUAACUCCUGUCAUGAAUUAGCCUGAUUAUGCCCCUUUUUGAUCAAGUAUUCGACCUAGAGAUAGUUGUCAUCAGCAAAAGAGAUGGAUUCAUUCACAGAUGGCUGGGAGUAAACCGUUCUAAACAGGAACGAUCGACGACAAUAAUUAGGACAGGCGAAACCAGCAUUCUGUGUGGUUUAAAGAAAAUGGCCGUGGUCGAGCAAAUGUAUUCGGCUGCAGCAGUACGUUCCGUUGGACGGCCGAAUCAUGUACCGUACGAGCGCUUGCUGCGGAUAUCCUGGAGUCUGCACACACGUGCAGCUUGGUUUUUAUAUUGUUGUACAAUCACAUUUGCCGUAAAUGUUUUUGUUUUUUUUAACAAUUCAUAAUUUUGUCCACCUUGUUAUUUUAUAUACAUAUAAUGUUCAUCUCAUCCAGUUUAAUGUACUAUGGACCUAGUUUAUUUAGUUGGUUUAUAAUGUAUUUCAGACAAGUUCCCAAAAUAAAAAAAAACUCCAAAUGUUUGUUUGAUAAAGAACGUGGAUGGUUAGUAUUGUUUUUUGUAAAAUAAAACCAUGAAACAUUACAAAACGAAGUGAUCCUUCUGCUCUUCUAGAAACUGACAACACUUCUCAAACAUAUCUUAAAGCAAUUCUUAUGCUUAUAUUCUAGAAUGGGCAUGCAUACAUUUGGAAGGAAACAAGGCAAUUUGCACACAGUGUUACUAGAUAGAAAAUCUUAUUUAUUGAAUGUUAAACAGAGCAAAUACAGCAACUUCCUAAACUCAAUCCAUUCAUACGUUUUGAUCAUCAGUGGAUGUUUGGAAUUCAAAAACCCCCACGUGCACACAAAACGUGGGACAGAAUUGGGUUGGGGCAUCUUCCAAUAGACUCUUCCCAACACAAACUGUAUUCCUGGGACACUGAGAAACAGGAAGCCACUUCGGAGUGUCCUAUUUAUCUCGUAGGAUGUAACCGAUGAGGUCCCUGCAUUGAAACUUCCAGUUCCAAAGUCUCAACUUCCCCACCAAAGCAGAGCUGCAACAAACUUUAAAUUUACACCGUAAAAUGAUCACCUCAACCUCCACUUCAAUAGAACGGACGGCACAUGUGCUUGGCAAAAUGUGAGCAAAUCUUCAUAAAGAUACAUAUUAAUAGAUUUCGUGCACUUGGUUCCACAGCAAAAAAGCCCGUUGCCAUCUCAUAAUUUGAUGUAGUAAGCAUGAAUGACGUGUUAUUUUAAUUAGAGAUUUUGAUUAGUUUUAGUGAAAUAUCUCCACCAGUGCACCAGAACCAAAUUUGACAUUUUAGAUUGUCCUUCUGCA